GGAAUAACUUUUCCAAUUUUGAGUAAGUGAAAUUAUAAUUCCAUUCCACUGCUUAUCAUCAUCUCUCUCCAUCUGGGUCUUCGUCUUCUCCAACUCGCUCCUUUGUCACCGCCGACUGAGUUCCUCAGGUACGGCUCCCCUUUAUUUAUUUUAAUAUCUCACUCUCCUCUUGCUCAACCCCUGAAAACCACAAGCAAUCCGACACAACCAUCUGUCAUUCUCACUCUCAACAAGCAACACACCCAGUCGAAGGUAGCUGCUCGUCCCAGUCGGAGGUCCGUGUCAGAGACACUCUUCUCUUCUUCCUCCUGCUUUUCUAAUCUGUUGCAGAGACAACUCUUCGAAUUGGGAAAGCCCAGAAAUGGUGGGAGAAAGGGCUUCACCCAAAUAUGAAGGAGGUGGAAUCUGCAGAAGACCUGGUAGAAUCCCUUUCAAAAGCUGGGGAUAAGCUAGUUAUUGUUGAUUUCUUUUAUCCUGGUUGUGGUGGCUGCAGAGCUCUUCAUCCCAAGAUUUGUCAAAUGGCAGAGAUGAACCCAGAUGUUCAAUUCCUUCAGGUCAACUAUGAAGAGCACAAAUCCAUGUGUUAUAGUCUCAAUGUCCAUGUUUUGCCUUUCUUCCGCUUCUACAGAGGAGCUCAUGGACGUUUAUGCAGCUUUAGCUGUACUAAUGCCACGAUCAAGAAAUUCAAAGAUGCAUUGGCCAAACACACCCCGGAUCGCUGCAGCAUCGGGCCAGUAAAAUGGCUGGAAGAGAAAGAGCUCUUAGCUCUGGCUGCUAAUAAAGAUCUUUCAUUCAACUACACACCAAAGCCUGUUGAGGAGCCUGUUCCUGCAGAAAAACAACUAGUUGUGGCAGAAGCAGAAUCAUCUUCUACUUCUAGCAAAGAACCUGUUCUUCCAAGAACAUCAAGGUUUGCUCAAGAUUUUGAGGAGAAAACAGUAUUGGCCGCCGCUGGGAGAUGAUGCGCUAAUUUUUUCGCCGUCCCCGACUGACUACAUCCAUGUACAGUUUGGGUUAUACUUCUCUUUUAUCAUCCUGUAAUAUCCACCAUCCAUUAUAGAUGUCAAAAAAUGACAGCCAUAAAAUCAAGGUCAAGACAAACUGUACUGAGUGUCCCCAAGGAGUUGUUGUAGCCUUAGGCCUUUGGAUUUAUUUUUUUGGAUCCUGGCCUUAGUAGUUUUCUUUUUUAUUUUUAUUUUUUGCUAAUAUUCAAGAAGAGCAAACAAUUGUGUUUUGUUUUGUUGGUUUGCUCUUUUAUGUUGUGGAGGGAAAAACUCACCUCCUCUUUUGUGAUUGUAAAAAAGCUUGUUCUUCUAUUCUCAUGUAGAAGAUAUAUAUAUAUAUAUAUAAAUACAUAACAUAAAUUUUUACUUUA